CAGCAUUGUAGAAACCACAGGGUUGAAGGGGCCAUCAGCACCUCUCACACCAGGACCGCAAUCUCCUCCUACCCCAUUAACAUCCGUCCAAGAAAAAACUGGAACCAAGUAUAACUGGGACCCAUCUGUGUAUGAGAACGAGCUCCCGGUGAGGUGCCGGAAUAUCAGUGGCAUUCUGUAUAAAAACAGACUCGGCUCAGGAGGCCGUGGUAGGUGCAUUAAGCAAGGGGACAACUGGUACAGCCCCACUGAAUUUGAAGCUAUGGCGGGACGAGCCAGCAGCAAAGACUGGAAGAGGAGCAUCCGCUAUGCUGGAAGGCCACUGCAGUGCCUUAUUCACGAUGGGAUAUUAAAUCCUCAUGCUGCCUCUUGUACUUGUGCUGCCUGCUGCGACGACAUGACUUUGAGUGGCCCUGUACGACUCUUUGUACCGUAUAAAAGGCGGAAAAAAGAAAAUGAAAUGCCUGCAACUCCAGUGAAGAAGGAUUGCCCCAAAAACAUCACUCUGCUUCCUGCCACAGCUGCUACUACAUUCACCGUGACUCCUUCUGGACAGAUCACUACCUCUGGUGCUCUGACAUUUGACCGUGCAUCGACAGUGGAAGCCACCGCAAUUAUCUCGGAAAGUCCGUCCCAGGGUGAUGUUUUCACUGGAGCUGCGGUUCAAGAUACCAAUGUCCAGCAGCCUUGCCGGGUCAGUCACCCAGAACCUCACUAUCCAAGUUACCAGGACAACUGUCAGAUUUCACCUUUUCCUGAAGCUGCACUGCCAACGUCUCAUCCCAAAAUUGUGUUAACCUCGCUCCCUGCCCUGGCGGUGCCCCCCACGACCCCCACCAAAGCCAUAUCCCCUUCAGUGGUGAAUGGGCUGGAGGUGACGGAGCAGCGGAGCUGGCUGUACUUGGAAGAGAUGGUCAAUUCAUUGCUCAACACCGCCCAGCAGCUGAAGACUCUCAUUGAACAGGCCAAACAGGCCAGCUCCUCUUUCCGCGAGGCUGCUGUCACGCAAGCAAAAAUCCAAGCUGAUGUGGAGAGGAAAGAGCAAUAUCAGAACCAGUUAUUUCAACAAACAGAUGAUGUGGAUGGGAAAACAGAAAUCAUCAUCAAGCAGUCCUGUGUCAACUGUGGUCGUGAGGCAACGAACGAGUGCACGGGAUGCCACAAAGUCAACUACUGCUCCACUUUCUGCCAGCGGAAGGACUGGAAGGACCACCAGCAUAUCUGUGGCCAGUCGGCCACAGUGACGGUGCAAGCCGACGAGGUGCACGUCACAGACAGUGUCAUGGAGAAAGUCACCGUGUGA